GUCUCAUCACGUCUGCCACGGCAUCAGGUCUCAUCACGUCUGCUACAACACCAGGUCUCGUUACGUCUGCUACAGUCCCCGAGACCUCCACGUCAUUUUCAGCAGAGCUGAAGGGUUCCAGCCCCGCCGAGCCAAAGGGGUCCUGCUUCGCCGAGCCCUCUGUUCCCAGUGCUCCCUGGGACGAGACCACUUCCUCUGCUCUCUCAGCCUCGUCUCACAGUUGUCGUCGGAGGAAUGCGGCUGCAGCCUCAGGGCAGGUUACGACUGCCCCACCUCCCUGCUUCAUCAACUCAUCGGGUUGUUUCAGCACCCCUAGAGGGGAGGAAGCUGCAGCAUCUGGUUUUGUGUCACCUCCAUCAUCAGCAUCAUCAUCUUCAUCAUCUGGUCCUACUCCUGAGUCUGAGCCUUCAGAUACCCAGCCUUCAGAAUAUCCAGAGUAUGCAGAGUUCGAGUGUCUCGAGUAUCCAGAGUUCGAGUGUCUCGAGUAUCCAGAGUUCGAGUGUCUCGAGUAUCCAGAGUUCGAGUGUCUCAGACUGAUAUGCAGAGUUCGAGUGUCUCAGACUGAGUAUCCAGAGUGUGAACCAGAGCACGAUCCAGAUUUUGAUCCUGAAGAUAACCCCUUCUGUACAGAAUACUACGACUACUCACCACCACCAUCUGAGUUCCAGUCUUCAGAAGGUCCCGACUUGCCUGUUCCAGACUCAGUCCCCUCUGCACCCGAGUCCUCAGUCCCCUCUGCACCCGAGUCCUCAGUCUUCGAGUCUACAGAGUCUUUAGUCCUUGAGUCUUUAGUCCUUGAGUCUACAGAGAACGAGUCUACAGAGAUCGAGUCUACAGAGAUCGAGUCUUCAGAGUCUACAGAGAUCAAGUCUUCAGAGUCUACAGAGAUUGAGUCUUCAGAGUCUACAGAGAUCGACUCUUCAGAGUCUACAGAGAUCGAGUCUUCAGAGUCUACAGAGAUCGAGUCUUCAGAGUCUACAGAGAUCGAGUCUUCAGAGUCUACAGAGAUCAAGUCUUCAGAGUCUAUAGAGAUCGAGUCUUCAGAGCCUACAGAGAUCGAGUCUUCAGAGUCUACAGAGAUCAAGUCUUCAGAGUCUAUAGAGAUCGAGUCUUCAGAGCCUACAGAGAUCGAGUCUUCAGAGUCUACAGAGAUCAAGUCUUCAGAGUCUAUAGAGAUCGAGUCUUCAGAGCCUACAGAGAUCGAGUCUUCAGAGUCUACAGAGAUCAAGUCUUCAGAGCCUACAGAGAUCGAGUCUUCAGAGCCUUCACAAGAUCCAGACUCAUCGGCCCCAGUCUCUGCUCACAUGUCAUCAAUUCAUGUUCCAGUCUCUGCUCACAAGAUUUUAGUCUCAGAUGCAGUCUUUGAGUCAUCAGUUCCCAUCUCUCCAUCAUCAUCAUCAGUUCCUGAAACCCCGGGUCUGAUUGUAAGGUCCCCAGGUUAACCCAAGUCUCCAGAAUCCCCAGGUGGGAUGGUAAAGUCCCCGGGUCAGUCCAAGUUUCCUGAGCCAGAGCAAGCACCCGAGUCUCCUGAGCCAGAGCCAGCAUCUGAGUCUCCUGAGCCAGAACCCGAGUCUCCUGAGCCA